GUAUGACCAUGUAACCAGUUGGAAAACACCCCACGGUUGUAGCACAUAGCAGGGAGGAACAAAAUGCACACAUGGGAAGGAAGCGGCAACAAACGGCAGGUAAACGACAAACGAACGCCUUAAAUUACGCGAACCCCGCGCAAGCAACAUGCGGACGGCGCCCACACGGCCGCUUUCCCCAGGCAACUUUCUCCUUAAGGGGCGCGAAGCAGAAGCAUGAAAAUUAGCCCCAUAAGGAAAAAGGUGAACUCCUCACUGGUCGUGAGCAAAAGAAUCCCGUCGUACUUAAAAAAGGAAAAAAUCAAUUUAAGCAAAAAUAAUGGCAGUUUUGACAAAAAAAGCGUCAAAUAUAAUCAAGUGCCACAAUUUGUUCAGGCAAUAAUAAAGUUUACGAAAAAAAAUAAACUCCUCCAGGAGGAAGAAAACAGUGUAGUAAGUAAAAAUAAACUCAUUUUUUUAAACAAUUUGUUGAGCGAAAUUCAAAAGAAUAAAACAAUUCUAACGUCUUCCUCCAUACACGACAUAUAUCGAUGUCUCUACAAAUUGAACUACUUAAAAAUAGACGUCAUUUGUACUCUUUUUAGUGUACUUAUAAAUAACGCAAUAAAUUUUUCCAAAAUAAGUGGCUAUGUUCAUUGCGAUUUUAAAGAAUUGAUAAACAUUACAAAAUUUUUGCACCAUUUUCGGAACAUAUGCAAUUCGAAUAUUCAGGCGAUUAUACACGACAGCCAUGACAGUGUUAACCUGCGAAUUGUGAAGAGGUACUUGAAGGAACAUGGGGGAAGAAGUGGCCCCUCCGUUGGCGGCACAUAUAAUAGUGGCGUAAUAUACACACACGUUUAUAGCUACAUUGCAAAAUAUGAUAGGGUUGAAAAUGUGGACAUUCUUUUGUAUUCCCUCUUAAAGGGGAAACGCACCAAUGUAGCUGUAAAGGGGGGGUCAUACGGGGAAGAGGCGGCGCAGCAGGGAAACCGCUUCACCUUGACCGACGCGGAAGAGGCGGCGCAGCAGGGAAAGCACUUCAACUUGAGCGACGCGGAAGAGACAGCGCAACAGGAAAAUCACUUCGCACUCGCCAACGCGGAAGAGGCGAAGAGAACGCUGCUAGUGGAGCACAUAAACUCGUUUUACAAGCUAAACGACAUGUUCGCCUUCCUUCUAAACAAAGUGCUGACAUUCUUCAACGAACGCGCAGAGAGCUUCAAUUUGUACCACUUAAAGCUGCUGUUCUUCUUCUUGGGGAAGUUCCAAACGUUUGACGCACACCUGAUGGAAAAACUCACCAACAGGAUUAUCGAAGAAAUCGAAAGGAUAAAAACCAACCCGAAGCUCCUACACGAUGAUACCUCCACAGAGGAAAGGAAGAAACAUAACUACGCAAAAAAUAGGAUUAAAAAACUGAGGAAAAAAUAUGUCAACACGUUUGUCAAAAUAGACUCGAAGGAAUUCCUAACCCUUCCAUACACAAUCGGCUUGUCCAUGAACACCUAUUUUAAUAACUACCUAAUUGAAUAUGUGAAUAUGUACGUGCUCAGUUUGAUUAACUCUAGGGUAAACUGCGAUAUGGUAAGUUUUGCCUACUGCCUCGUCGGCUACAAGCACAUUAUGGUGCAUUUUUUCAUUCUCUUUAAUAUAUUUUUGUUUAAAGAAAAAUGCAUGAAAAAUAAAAAAUUGUUGGAGAAAUAUGGCGUCUUUCUGCGCCGAUUGGGGGGGACCCACUCGAUGGGGAUAAGUGAAGAGAGAAAAAAUCCCCUUCGAAGUAGCACCAUCGAACAGGAUGGACCUACGCAAAGUAUCCUCAGCAAGGAACCAAAAAUGACCAAUUGUGCAGCCCCCAUCAAAAUGAGGAAAAAUCCAAACGAAGAAAACAACUGCGUGGCUAACUUCACGUGUAUGCAGGAAGACCACACUGAUGAGAGGGACAAAAUGGGGGGCUACAAAAACCCGGAAGAGAUCUUCAACAUGCUGUUGGGGGAGUUCCAAAUGAAGGUAGAAAAUAUCUUCCUAAUAAAUUUGGACAAACAUUCCAUAGAACAAUCGUAUAACAGCGAACAGCUUCGGAGGUUUUAUUUGCAGUACAAAAAAUUAUUCGAGAAGGUAUUCAAUUACGCCAUUUUUUUGCUAAGCAAAUAUGAGCCUGAGGAAAUGUUGCGCAUUUACAAGAAUUUGAAGGCCCAUGCGCUGAACGACCAGGUGGUCAAGCAGCUGUACGUGGAAGUGCUCUACGAGAAGGUUGUUUUUAAUUCGGGAAAUGAAAAAAAAGUUUCGAGUUUGUUGCGGUGCGUUUGCGGCGAGUAG